UUCCGCUCAUAAAGUGGUGUGGGAAAUGGAAACCGGCGUUUCGAUUUGUUCGCUGUGUUUGCAGAAUGAAGUGCUUUUGAAAUUUGCCAGUGAAGAUAGCAAAGAGGCAGCAAUCAGCGUGGUGGCGUGUUAUUUCCUGUUCGAACAGAACAUCAUACCGAAGCACCAAAUUUGCAUCGGCUGUUGGCAGCAACUUACUGCGUUUGAUCGGUUUAGCACUCAGGUGAAGCUGGCCCAUGAACUGUACUUUAAACAGGCCGGAACAGAUUUCAGCUACGUGGCAGAAGACGAAGAAAAGAGUGCGCUUGUCCUCAAGGAUGGCCAGAAAAUAUUUGCAGUUCAACAGUUGAACGGGGGGCGGGUUGAUUUUCAAGACCCGGAACGUGAUACGAGUCAACUAUGGCCUGAAGGCGAGACCGAUAAUACUUCCGAAGCAUCUAAUACUUUAACUGGAUCGGAGCGGGACGAGACACAAUCGAUUAUUGACGCUACGCCAUCAACGAUUGAGGCACCACCGGAGUUAACCGAAGACUUGGUCAAUGGGCUUGAUGCAAAUGUCUCGCAGAUUUCCGAGAGAUUUGAAAAGACUGAAACUGAAUCUGCAGAUGAGUCUGGCGAGGAAAUAUUGAGAAUGACUCAGACGAAGGAUCUACAGAUGACUUCAGAAUGCCGCCAGCAAGAACCAUCUUUGUUGGAAGAUGACGACUGGCAAGAAACACUGCCGUUCGAUAAUUGCGACGAACCUGAAUAUCUGGAUGGUUCUGAAGAUGGUUCUGAUUCUGAUGUCUCAGCACAGCUGCAGACACAAGAGUCAACCGAAACGGAAACGCAAGUACCAACAAUGAACAAUUUACAGCAAGAAUCGGGUGACGAAGAAAACAGUCUUCUAGGAAUGAUACUGAUGGACAUCGAUAAUGAAGUUGAUUUUGACCAAGCAGAAGAUGCACCAGAUAAGAGCAAAUUGAGCGCACCGGUAUCCAGUGUGCGGCAGAACCGAAGAACAGAUGAGCUGAUCAGGCAACAUUGCAAUUUAGAUUGUGUCAUUUGUGGAGCAAAAUCAUCCACUUUCCCGCAAGUUAUGCGGCAUUUUCAAGAGGAGCAUAAAAUUAAAGGACACAUUACGUGUUGCGGCGAACAGUAUACGAACCGGCGCAACUUAUUGGACCAUGUUAUUCUACAAAACGAUCCCAAUGCGUUUACCUGUAGCCAGUGCUCGCAAUCGUACCUCAGCAAUAUUGCAUACAGAAGUCAUCUUUCAACGCACGAUAAACCGGACGGCAUCUUCUACGCCUGCGAGUUCUGCGAUAUGCAAUUCCCAAAACGAUUACUACUGAUGAUACACCGAAAGCAUCACAAGGCCUACAAAUGUGACCAGUGUGAUGCUAGCUUCAAACUGCGACGAGAACUUCAGGCACAUAAAAUCGAGCAUCAAGAUGCGAACUUCGAUGUGACUAACGAAGAAUUCGUUUGUAAGGUGUGCUUGAAAAGCUAUCGGACCAAGGAGAAUGCGAGACGACAUUAUGCAAACGUGCAUGGUCCGGUACGAUACAUGUGCGAAAGCUGUCCGGAAUCGUUCAAGUCACAUUUUGCCUAUUAUUAUCACAAAAAGACGAAGCACUCCGAGAUCAAUGUAAAACCUGUGCAGUGCAACAUUUGCCAAAGAUGGUUAAAGAGUGCUGCCAAUCUGAGCACACAUAUGUUCCUGCAUGAUCCUAACAAAAAACCACUGGUAUGUGAUAUAUGCGGAAAAAUAGCAAAGCAUCCAGAGUCUCUGCGGUCACACAAACGCUACGUACACGCAAAGGAAUGCCCAUUCGAGUGUAUAAUUUGCAAAAAGACAUUCGUUCGUAAGAAAGCACUGAAGGAGCACAUGGCCGUGCAUACCGGCGAAUCGCUGUACCAGUGUACGUUUUGUCCCAGGACGUUUAAAUCUGGCGCAAACAUGCAUAGUCAUAGAAAGAAAAAACAUCCAGCCGAAAUGGAGGAACAUUUAAAAGAACGCUCGGAUCAACUCCGUGCUAUCUAUGAGAAACAGAACGGUCAAACGGGUUCGGACUCAACGCCAGUGCCAUCAUAAUGUUUCAUCCAUAGCAAUCAGCCAAAAUCGAAGGGUCGUUGAUUGAUCUACUGUUGACGACUCCAAAA